GGAUGGCCGAAAUCGAGCACAGCGGCGGGCCGAAGCAUAAAGGCGGGUUCAAGCUAAUCUCUCUCUCGCUGUCCAGCUCUACAAGGAUUUUGUCUAGAAAGUCUGAUUGCUCUAGGUGUCCUGCUGCUCUUGAUGCGGUUGAAUUACGGUGCGGCCACCGUCGUCCAUGCUAGCCUGUCCUUACACGCUGAUCCGACGACGAAUCCUGGCCCUUGAUCAGCGACCUCAAUGACUAUUUCUCCGUCGUCCGUUACCUUACUAUUGCAUGCUGAAACGCAAUGAUAUUUGCGUGAAAGAAGUCAGCCUUCCACCCAAAUCUUACAACCACAAUACCUUUGUCCAUCCGCGGCCUAAGACAAAACGGAUUUCAUCGUCUCCUUGUUCCACCCUAUGCCGAAGCCACGCUCAUCUGUCAAGAAGACGAAGGCCUACAUCAUUACCAACCCAGCUCCCGUUGAGUACGCUCCUCUCUCAGGCUUUUUACGAAUCCAAUUGGAUAGGAAGAUAAAACCAAGGUAGUUGGGGGAGAUAUAGGAAUGAGCAGUGACGGAAAUCCACUGGGUACAUUUAACUCUCGUUCCUCUACCUCCUCACCUCGUCGAGUAGGAGCGAGUUCUAGCUCUGCCACGUCAGCUGCCAAUUUAACUGUUCGUCCGCGGAACCGGCGGUUAAUAUCGUUUGUGGAAGAUGGCGAAAAUGAAGCGAGUGGUUCAGCGAAAGGUACGGUAGUACAACAGGGGGGAUUGCAUCCCACCACAACCGGCACGAUUUCGAGCUCGAGAAAUCCGUCUCCUUCGCCGUAUUCCUCUCGGGCGACAUCCCCAGCACCGCGAAACCUAUUUUCUCGGACGCCUUCGGGGCUACCGGGUCUCGGGUCUUUUGCCAAUGGAUUAGGGGCUGGGGCCGGUCGGGCAAGUUCCCAGGGGAAGAAGUCUACCGGUUUUGCGGCGGAUCUGCUGGAUUCGUCCUGGUCUUCAAUUCAAGGAUUAGCCUCGGCAGUUUUGGGGAUAGAUGGUAAUCAGUCAAGGAAUAGGUCGCCUUUGAAUGGAUACCGGCGAAGAAAAUCUUCUGAGUCUGAUUCCUUUGCCCCUGUCCAUGAUGAAGGUUGCAGGCGGCCCGGAUUACCAUCGGCUUGGGGACCCCCUGGUCUGAACGACACCCAAAUUCUCCCUGGGUCAAAGGAAGAUCGACAAGCCGUUAUACAGUUGAAGAAAAGGGAGCUAUUAUUGCAGGCCAAUGGAGAUGCUGUCCCCGAUAGCCAAGGGAAUUAUAAAAGGCGAAUUUCACUGGAUAAUUCUUACUCUCCCUCGCCAGCGCGGCCGGUCGAGCAGGAUGACGGCGAUGCGUUAGUUUAUAUACACGUUGUGCAGCCUACUGACAGUCUGACGGGUGUUUCUAUACGUUACGGUUGUCCACUUCCCAUCUUGAGGAAAGCCAAUGGGUUUUGGCCAAGCGAUAGCGUGCAGUCUAGAAAAGUUGUUGUUUUGCCGGUUGCGUCGUGUACUUUGAAGGGAAGAAGGAUCUCAUCUGAUCAGGUCGACCAGUUGAAUCCCAAGAGAGGCGCUUCAACUGACUCAUUUGAGGAUAAUAGCUCCUUGAUUCCAACUCCCUCUCCUACCAAUGCUUCCGGAUAUGGGGGAUCUGCUCGUGGAUUGGACGAUCCCUUCUCCUCUAAACUAGAAAAAGCGCCUGCCAGCACACCUAUGUGGAGACAUGAAAGUUGGGUACAAGUGGAGGGAUUCCCCUCGCCACUCGAGCUUGGUCGAAUUCCCAAAAGGACCUUGGGAUUUUUCGCUAGGGGUCGCCGACAAUCUCAAACUCUUUCCGAACCAUAUUCUCAUCUCGAUAUGUCCCCAUCCAGGAGUCAAACACAAAGAGAUCUAUCCCACUCACCUACCUCACGCCUCCGUGACCGAUCAACAUCAAGCUCAAAAGUCUCUCCUCAUCCGAGUCGUCGCAGCAUCGUAUUGUCUGGGCCUGGUGGUGUCGGCACGCUAGACCGCAAUGCCAUUGGCCCUGGACCGGCACCUGAUAAACUUAAUGCUUUUGUUAGUACCCAUCUACCGAAUCUGGUCAUUCCUUCGCAACAACCUCACAUGGCAGGUACCUCUCUCGGGCCCAAUGACCGGAUGUCCUUUGACUCCGCAUCCACCUCUUCUACAACCGGUCUGGAAAAUAUUGGCGGAGCGAUUGAAGGCUGGUUCCGCAAAGUUGCAACAAAGGCCAAGGCUGGGCUCAAUGAAUUACAACAACCUAUCCAGCCACAUGGUCACCUAGGAAUCGGAGGAAACGGUGACUUGAUUGAGUUGAGUGAGGCGCCAGAGAGUAGUAGGAUGACUACACCAGCGCCUAGACAGACCGGAAAAACUCGCCGACAUGCCCCUUUUACAUCCGACAUGUCCAAUGCCCGUAGCGAGGAACGUGGUCGUGGGUUGGGAGAUGUGGAUAGAAAGAAGGGUGAUUAA